CAGGACACCCGAUCAUAUCCGGUAGCGAGGCGCGCCUGUACUGUCUUACCGCGGUUGAAGAAAAUUCAGUCGAGCUCUUCUCUGCCUGGAAACGAGUUGGUUGUUCAACGUUAAGAACUUAAGUGUUGGAAUUUGGUACUGGUCAGUAUCUACAUGGCUGUUAGAAGGGGACACAUAAGAUACCUGAAGGUCUGUGAGGUUCAGAGCCAGGGUAAUGACAGAGACUCACAGCAGCAUAGCAAGAGUGCCAGCUCAAUGAAGCAGGAGGUUUACGACAUGCCUAAUGGUUACGAGGACCAUAUGGAAGAUGAGCCAAAAGAUGCCAAAACAAACCUCAUAGUCAAUUACCUGCCGCAGAACAUGUCGCAAGAUGAGCUGCGCAGUCUGUUCAGCAGCAUUGGCGAGGUGGAGUCAGCCAAACUUAUUCGGGACAAAAUGGGAGGCCACAGUUUAGGGUACGGAUUUGUUAACUAUGUUAACCCUAGUGAUGCAGAAAGGGCAAUCAGUACUCUCAAUGGGCUGAGACUACAGUCUAAAACUAUCAAGGUCUCUUAUGCCAGGCCAAGCUCUGACGCGAUCAAAGAUGCCAAUCUUUACAUUAGUGGUUUGCCCAAGACCAUGACGCAGAAAGACGUGGAAGACAUGUUUACUCGCUUUGGACGCAUCAUAAACUCGAGGGUACUUGUUGAUCAGGCUUCGGGCUUGUCACGUGGUGUUGCCUUCAUUCGGUUUGAUAAGAGGGCUGAAGCAGAAGAUGCCAUCAAAAGUCUCAAUGGUCAGAAACCCCCUGGAGCCUCUGAACCAAUCACAGUGAAGUUUGCAGCAAACCCAAAUCAGGCAAAGAACACUCAGCUGCUGUCCCAGCUCUACCAUACUCAGUCUCGGCGCUUCGGAGGCCCUGUUCAUCACCAGGCUCAGAGGUUCAGGUUUUCACCAAUGAGUGUAGAUCAUAUGAGUGGUAUGUCUGGCAUGAGCACACCUGGCAACUCCACCUCUGGCUGGUGCAUUUUUGUCUACAACUUGGGCCAAGAUGCAGAUGAGGGCAUUCUGUGGCAGAUGUUUGGCCCAUUUGGUGCCGUCACCAAUGUCAAAGUCAUUCGUGACUUUAACACCAACAAAUGCAAAGGGUUUGGGUUUGUUACCAUGACAAACUAUGAAGAGGCAGCCAUGGCCAUAGCCAGUCUCAACGGAUACCGCCUGGGGGACAAGAUCCUGCAAGUGUCGUUCAAAACCAGCAAGUCUCACAAGUAAAAGGACAAAAGUAUUACUUUUGAGUUCUGAGAACUUGUAUAUUUUUUUUUUUCUGUUUCUUCCCCUCCCCAGCAUCCAACCUAACUUCUGUAAGUGUUGAAACAGUGUCUCCAUAAAAGUACUUGUGUAUUUUUGAUGUUUAAGUAAGUAGGUAAAUAGUGUUGUCUCUCUUUGGGAUUAAACAGACCAUUUGAAAGGAGUGGAUGAUAUGGCCUAGAAAUGAUUACAGUAUGGUUAAAAGGUUUUUCACAGUGGUUUCACAGUAUGCGUAAUAUUGUGGAAAAGACCUGAAGACUAGAGCUCAUCAUUUGGGUCUCUAAUGGUGUAGGUGUAUGUAGCUGGCCUUGUCUUGCCAAGACCUGGCUAAUAGUCAUGGUAAUUUAAUUACUCUGAUGCUAUGGAGCAUCAAAGACCAAGAAUAGACUUUAUAAAGGCUGUAUCACAAAUUUGUAAUAUUAAAAACCCCAUAUAAUAUCAGACAUCAUUGCUGUGUGUUUUGUUGCUGUUCCCUAUUUGUUGCGGUAUCAAGUUUCCAGUG